AUGAUGUCAAAUGAUAUUAGUAAACCUAGUUGUUCAAAUGUAACAAGGAAGAUCGUUAGUAAUGACACUGUUGAUAAUAUACUUCAUGAUAAUAUUAUUUCCGACACUGAAGACAUUUCAGAUAUGUCAGAUACAGAAGUAAAUAAAGAAAGAUGGGGACACAGUGCUAUACUUUUACUAAUAUCUUUAUAUAAAGAAAAAUCAUAUAUGCUUGAAAAGGGUAAUCAUAAAAAAAUGUGGAUUGAGAUUUCUCGAUGCAUGAAAGAAAAGAAAUACAAGUUUACAGGCAAUCAGUGCAAUAAUAAAAUGGAUGCGUUAAAGAGACGAUAUCGUCAAAUUAUGGAUCAUAAUGCUCAAAGUGGGAACGAUAAAAAGGAAUGGAUAUAUCUAGAUAUAUUAAAUGAUAUUUUUCGAAAAAAACAUUGGAUAAAACCAUUAGUUGUAGCAGGAUCGAAUAUUAAAGAAUCUGAACGUUCUCCACUAACUGAUAAUGAUGAAAAUAAAUCACCUGCAGUUAAGAAAAAAAAGAUCUCUUUAACUGAAGCAAGAGUGGAUUACUUGACAGCUUCAUUAGAAGAAAAACGAUUAAAAAGGGAAGAAACUGCCCAAUACAGACUAAGGGAUUAA